AUGAACAUACAAACACGAAAGCUCCUAAUUUCUGUUUCCCUUUGUUUGUGUCAUUGCUUCCAGCAACCAGAUAAUAUAGUAUAUGUGAUGGAUGCCUCUAUUGGUCAAGCCUGUGAAGCUCAAGCAAAGGCUUUCAAAGAUAAAGUUGAUGUUGCUUCUGUAAUUGUGACAAAACUUGAUGGCCAUGCCAAGGGAGGUGGAGCAUUGAGUGCAGUUGCUGCAACUAAAAGUCCAAUCAUUUUUAUUGGAACUGGCGAACAUAUAGAUGAUUUUGAACCUUUUAAAACGCAGCCUUUUAUCAGUAAACUUCUUGGCAUGGGAGAUAUUGAAGGAUUGAUAGAUAAAGUCAAUGAGUUGAAAUUAGAUGACAAUGAGGCUCUCAUUGAGAAACUAAAACAUGGUCAAUUCACAUUGAGGGAUAUGUAUGAACAGUUCCAAAACAUCAUGAAAAUGGGGCCCUUCAGUCAAAUAUUGGGUAUGAUACCUGGUUUUGGAACAGAUUUCAUGAGUAAAGGCAAUGAACAGGAAUCAAUGGCACGGCUAAAAAAACUGAUGACCAUAAUGGACAGUAUGAAUGAUCAAGAACUAGAUAGUACAGAUGGAGCCAAAGUUUUCAGUAAGCAACCAGGAAGAAUCCAAAGAGUAGCAAGAGGUUCUGGUGUUUCAACUAGAGACGUUCAAGAACUCCUGACGCAGUACACAAAAUUUGCACAAAUGGUAAAAAAGAUGGGAGGCAUUAAAGGACUUUUUAAAGGAGGUGAUAUGUCAAAGAAUGUAAAUCCAUCCCAGAUGGCAAAACUGAACCAACAGAUGGCAAAGAUGAUGGAUCCUAGAGUUCUUCAUCAUAUGGGUGGCAUGGCAGGAUUGCAGUCAAUGAUGCGCCAGUUUCAACAGGGUGCUGCUGGAAAUAUAAAAGGCAUGAUGGGAUUCAAUAACAUGUAAAGGCGGCCUUAAUAAACUGACUUGAUUGACCAUUAUUUGCUGGAGUAUUUCUAAAAAGAAUGAGAGCUCCUUUUCUGCUGUGAAGAACUUUAAUGGAGCAUGAUACAAUUUGGAGACUUUCCAGUCUUUAGGUCUAGAAAGUGGUUCUAGUUUGACUUCAGUUUAUUGUUUCAGUUUUAAUAUUUUCUUGGACCUGUUUAAAAGUAAAUCAUGUAUAAAUUUAAUAUUUAGAGGAACUUUUUAAUUGUUUCAAAUGGCAACUGUUAUAUUUGUAAACAAUUCAGAUCUUUGGUCAAUACCAGUUUGUCACAAAUAUAUUGUAAAAUAAACUUACCUGGUUGUAAAUUUAA